ACUCUAAAGUGGAGCACACUGUUUCUAUUUUCAGCACCCUCGACGCACAGUGUACGCGUCUCUUUUUGACACAUUUUCUCUUCGCUUAUCUUCCUUUCAACUCUCAUUAUUUUUGGUUCUUUCUUUUUUAUUUCAGUUUUGUUCGCUCGAUUUUAAAAGUGCCGCGGCUUUGCUUCAAUCGGAUGAUUUAACAAAGAAAGUGAACUCGGUUUCACUUUGAUUCGGUGAUUUGAUUAAAACUUGUGAUAGUUAGGGUUUUUUGCCGCAUUUGUUUGCUUUUGAAGUUUAAAUAAGUCUUUGCCGUUUCGCUUUUACUUUCUUUUUUCCGUUUCUAUCAAACGAAUUAAUAGUUUGCGAUUUUCUUUAUUUUGAAGUUCUUGUUAAGCAUAUUUGGUGAUUCCGAUAGCAUUACAUUGAAUUGUACUUCCAGGUUUUGUCCAUUGAGCAUCACACUCUGCUAUUAGGUUUUGAUUGUUUAUUUAUUUGGUAUUAUUUAUGGAUAUUAUAAUGCUUCAAAUUACUGUGUAUUAAGCGAAUGAUUCUUGAAAGCAUCAUUAGUGUUAAUUAAUUUGUGAGAAAUGUAUAAUUAUUUUUCAAUGAGAGGAAUUGUAAGGAAUGGAUAUUGAUGAGGUUGAUGUAGGAGCCUUUUUGUGAUCCAAUUUGCACAUCAAAGUAGGAUCUCCAUCUUUUGUUUGACAUAAUGGCCUUUGUGUUUAUUUAUUUUUGCUAAGUCAAUUCAUAAUGGCCUUAUUGUUUAUUAACGAAAGUCAACUCAUUAAUCGUUGAGGUUAGGUUUUUGUUUCCACGGAUUUAUUGUUCUUAUGAUAGCUGAUAUUUUAUAAAUUUGCUGUUUCAUGAUUGUGCUGCAUUUAGUACUUAUUUUACAAUGUUAUUUGAUCAAUGUCUUCAAUGUUUUGGUUGAAAGUUUUUGAGCCCUUUUGAUUAGCAGUAGUUACUCAUGUUUUAAGCUCUAAUUGCAGUUUCAGAUUUUGUUUCGCAUUUUUGAUCUUUUUCAAUUUUGGUUACAGGGUGGGGGCAGGAAGAAAAAAACAAACUUUCAUUGUCGCUGGAAAUUCACCUUCUACCCCAACCUAUACCCGUGCAUCUGCUAGAAAUCUGGGAAAGAGCCAGCUUGGUGGUGUUAUAUUUGGUUGCAAGAAUAACACCAUUGAAGAAUGUUUAACUAAUCAACCGUUGGCGUACCAGCUCAAGACUUAACCUAUGUAAAGAACAUUGAUACUGGUCCACCACUUUUUCUAUUCAACUACAGUGACAGAAACUUUACGGCAUCUAUGAAGCUGCCGGCCCUGUCAAAGUGAACAUUGAUCCGUAUGGGUGGACCAUUGAUGGUUCUAAGAUCCUGCACAGGUUCAGAUUCAUGUCAAAUUGCAAUGCCAACCACUGCUUGAAGAACAGUUUAAACCAGUAAUGGACCUGACCAUCCUCAGGCAAGCAAGCUGAUAUCACUAGCAUCUUUAGCAGUUUCAACAAGCACUUGUCUACCUUGUCUUCCUUUCAAUACAACAAAAUGGGGAAACUUUUUCCAACCUCUUUCGUCAACUGACACGGAAGAAGAAAGCUGGGUUUUAGAUUCUGAAGAUGCUGUUCCUGUCGGUGAAAUGAAAGGGGAGUGUGAAUUACUUCAGCCACGUCCUUUGGAGAUUGAUCAGUCUAAUUACUUGAGUAGGAAAAUAGAUUCUAGAGAUGAUGUUCCACUAAAUGGAGACAACCUGCUAGUGGAAGCUCAUUCAGAUGUGAAGAUGGUGGAACAAGAUGAGAAAGGUAUUAUUCUCAUGAAACUGAAAGAAUUGGCUUUUUGCUGUGGACGUCAAGACGUUCCUUUAACUGAUUAUGUAGAUGAACCUGCGAUUACCAGUGGUAUGUGCCCAGGAAACGGGGGUUCUAUUUGUGAUAUGAUGAGCUCUGAUGGGAAGAAUGAAGAGAAUAGUUGUUCCUCUUCUUAUUGUCAGUCCAUCAUAGCUAAGUUGAUUCAAGGGGUGGAAGAGCUUAAAGAAAUUCAAACAGAACAAAAUCUAAGGAUGAGAUAUUUGGAGCAGAAGCUGGUUGAUGCAGAAGCUGAGAUCUAGCAGUUGAAAAAUCAUUGUAUGAUGGUGCACUCUGUGUCUAAUCCUCCCAUCGAACUAAGUGAUGAAAAGGCCAUAGAGUCAGAUGAGCUGCAUGUCGAUCCUACUGAGUCAAUAUAUCUGUUGGGUGGAUAUGAUGGGGAAUCAUGGUUAUUAACAUUGGAUUUAUAUGUUCCCUCGCGAGGUGUGAUUAAAUCUUUUCAGCCAAUGAACUCUAUUCGUUAAUAUGCUUCAGUUGCAUUGUUGAAUAGUGAGGUUUAUGUCUUUGGUGGUGGGGAUAGACGCACGUGGUACAAUACAACUGAAUCGUACAACCCAGGUAAUGAUGAAUGGACCCUCUGCCCUUCCUUGAAUAAGGCAAAGGCUGGCUUAGGUGGAGUUACUUUUGAUAACAAAAUAUAUGCAAUUGGUGGUGGGAAUAGUGUUGAUUGCUUUUCAAAUGUUGAAAUGUUUUAUUUGAAGCUUGAACGAUGGAUCGGUAUGCUGUCAUUGUGACAAAAGCGAUUUUCUUUUGCUGCUGCAGAAAUUGAUGGUGUGCUUUAUCCUACUGGCGGAUUUGAUGGGAAGGAUCAUCUGAAGUCUGCAGAAAAGUUUGACUACAGAAUGCGUUAUUGGGAACAAAUUGCAAGCAUGAGCUCAAAGAGAGCCUGCCACUCACUGGUGGUUUUGAAUGGAAAAUUAUAUGCUCUGGGUGCUUGUGAUGGCAGUACAAUGGUUUCAAGCAUCGAAAUUUAUGAUUCACGUAUGGAUUCACGGAUGAGGGCAGACCCAAUGAAGCAAACAAGGGGGUAUUCUGCUGCUGGUGUUCUGAAAGAGUCUAUAUAUGUUGUUGCAGGAGUGGCAACCGGUGACGGAGUCUUGGACACAGUUGAAUGUUAUAAAGAGGGUCAGGGCUGGGAAGUAAUUGAUGAAAUUGGGAAAAGGAGUUCCAUGUCAGCUUUUACCUUGUAGAGAAUACUGUAUUUUUUCUCUUUAUUCAUUUUGAAGCUGAUCGGGUUGAGGCUUAUCUCAAUCACAUCUUUUUUGUUAUGAGGGUAACUUGAAGUUACGAAUGUACAAAUUAUAGAAACAAAUAAUUCACUCGUUAAAUAAAAUAGCUAAUCUCAA